GAUGGCUGCGAAUGCUGUUUCACAGGAAUGUGAUGAUACAGAGUUUUUAACAUGUCCUGUGUGCUUGGAAUUGUUUAUAAAGCCUGUUAUGCUGGAUUGUGGACACAAUUUCUGCAAGUCCUGUAUUGAGAAAGUAUGGGACAGCAGUGAUAAAGUGCUUGCCUGUCCUGAGUGCAGGGAGGAAUUUCAAACCAGGAAAUACUCUGUAAACUGGUUACUGGCUAAACAAGUUGAAGCUGUGAUACUGAGAACAGGGAGCACAGAAGGGAAUUCUGAAGUAAGCCGUUCACCAAACACUGCCUUCUGUGUACAGCAUGAAGAGAAACUGAAAUUGUUCUGCAAGGAGGAUGAGACCCUUGUCUGCAUCAUCUGUCGGGAUUCUGCAAAACACGCUGGUCAUAGCUUCUUGCCGAUGGAUGAAGCAGCCAGCUUGCAUCGGGGCAAAAUUACCACAGCACAAGCUGAUCUUCAACCAAGACUUCAGGAGCUUGUGGAACUACAGACCAAACAAGAACAAAAGAUUUUGGAUAUCAAAGCAGUGAGUAAUAUAUCAGAAUUGUGUAACAGUGUGGAGCAAACUGGUAGCAUAUACAAACCUGAUUUGAUUUGUGGUAAACUUAGCUUUUGGCAUUUCACAGGACCAUUACAAUACAGUGUCUGGAAAGAAAUGAAGCCUAUUAUUAGCCCUGUUCCAUCCUCACUGUUCCUCAAGUACAACAUGCCACACAGAAGUCUUGUUGUAUCCCAGGACCUAACCAGCGUGAUGAAAACUGAUAAGAAUAUGUUUUGGAAGGCUCAGAUGUUUGAGAUGUUUGAGAUGAAAGAAUAUUAUAGUGUUGUUCUAGCAUGUCAGGGGUUCUCAUCAGGAAGACACUAUUGGGAGGUAGAGGUGGGCGACAAGACAGGGUGGGUUCUUGGAGUAGCAGCAAAGUCUGUUAUCAAGGAGGGCAGAAUCCCCCGGUCUAUCACUUUUGGUCACUGGGCCAUUUGUUUGACAGCAGGGAGUAAAUACUGCACAUGUGGACAGGUACCAGAAUUGCUUAGUCUCAACAUAAACCCACACAAGAUUGGGGUGUACCUCGAUUAUGAAGGAGGCCAGAUAUCGUUUUACAAUGCUGACAACAUGACUCACAUUCACACCUUCAGUGAUACCUUCAAGGAAUGUCUUUACCCUUCCCUUAGCCUUGAUUGUGGACAUUACUGUAGUAAACCACUAAAAUUAUUUCACUUGAAGCUAUAAUUUUCCCAAAGUUAAGCAUCUUGCUGUGGCAUUCGAUUCACUAUAAAAUGUAUUAUCAUUGCUUUAAAUUAAAUAGUCAUCACACAAUGCAGUAUGUUAUGUGAGCAAUGGAUUGGACUCCAUAUAUAAACCUACUUGGACUUCUAUUAUUACUGGUACCAUAAAAUGGCUGCAAACUCUCUAAAUCAAACAUUUAAAGACAUUAUGAUAAGCACUGGUGAUCUACAUUAUAGGUAUACUGAAACUGCAAUUUUUAAUGAGAAUCUUCUUCUUCUUUCGGCUGCUCCCAUUAGGGGUCGCCACAGCGGAUCAUCUUUUCCAUUUCUUCCUGUCCUCUGCAUCUUGCUCUGUCACACCAACCACCUAUAUGUCC